AAAAAAUGUCACGCCUACUAAUCAAGGUCAGGAAGUGUACCUGCACAGGUGUUCACUGUAGAAGAGAAACGUCUAGUCCAGGGCUCCUCAGUAUCUACAAUGGCUACACAGAGAACAGGAAAAGGAGAGCAAUCUAAUGAAUGCUCAAUUCAGGAGAUAAAACGAUCAACACAAACUUCCCAGAGUGAAGUAAAGCAGGAACGUCUGGAGCGAAAACGACAAGUUCUUUCUGAUCAGAAAAAUCGAUAUUACACCUUCCGUUGGAUUGUCAUAGCACUUCUUUUAAUUAUUGCAGCAUUUGGUCUUUUUUACUAUUUCAACUAUUAUCUCACUGAUGUCUCUACUCCACCCACUUCAACUGCUAAAGUGACUAAGGUAAACUCUGCUGAUAAAAAGUCUGAUAAGAAGGCUACCAGUGGAAAAACUUCAAAAAAGUCUUCAAAACCUCAAAACCAGUCGCCUAAGAAAAGUACAACAAAUAAUCCAAAAAAAUCGACUAAGCCCACUGAAAAAAAACAGAAGAAGCCCCGCCUGCUUCAGAAACCAUUUUCUCCAGCUGAUCCCGACAAGCCUUAUCUGAUAGAGAUUCUCCAUGCAGACAAUCUUCUUGAAGCUAAUGAAUACACUUUAGCUCUGCAGUCUUUUAAUGACAUACUAAAGAAGUUCCCUCAAAGCCCCCGCAGUUUAUAUGGAAAAGCUGUUACUUUGUCGAAAAUGGCCGAGGAGAAAAAGAGCAAUAAACUUAUGGAUACAGCACUAGAAUUCUAUAAGAAAAUAGGUCUAGAGACCUUCAUUGGUGAGGUUGAUUUUCGUGUGGCUGCUUUAGUGGAGCUAGCGGACAGAGCGUACGAGAGAGGAAAAGCAGCACUUUCUAUCAAAGCACUCGAGAAGUUGGUCUCGUUGAAAGAAGACAAUCUAUUGUUUUCUAAUCGUCUUGGUCUUGGCUAUAUUGCUGAUGGUAAACUCAAGAAGGCUAAAACACAUUUUAAGAAUCACUUGGAGAACUUCACAGAUGAUCAUUUCGCCAGUGCUCAGUUAGGGUACGUGUUGUACAGCGAGAAACGCUAUGAGCAGGCCCUCCCUUUGCUUCUAGAUGGUAUCAGGAACGAUGAAGGAGUGAAAGUUAAUCCUAAAUUCUACCUCUAUGCUGGCGAGUCCCUCACCAAACUAAAUCGCUCCGAUGAGUCAUAUAUCUUGUAUAGCGAAGCAGUGAAUCUGAAACUCUUUCCUUCUAUCUGGCAACGCCCUUUAUUCAGUCAGCCCAAUCUCCGUGCUUCAGGCUGGUGGGACAUCAAUGACACUGGCUAUAAACAUGACAUUCAGAGGGUGGAAAAAGCUCUAGAGACAAUAAAGGAAGAGGCCAAGUCAGUGUUUGACUAUCUAUCAUUCUCCUUCUCUUCUGACGGGUCCACUCACUCCCCUCGAUAUAACCUCUUCCUGAACAGCAAAAAGAAUUCAAAAAACUGCCAAAAAACGUCUAAGACCUGUGCCCUAAUUGAGUCCUUUCCAGAAGCUGCUCACUGUCGUCGUGGAAGUGUUAAAUUCACGUUCAUUCCUCCAAAGUCGCACAUUUCAUCGUUUGUGGGGCUAACAAAUACUAAGCUACAGAUUCUUGUCGCACUCAAUGUCGGAGAUGAGGAAGGUGUGAUAAUGAGAGUAGCCGAGGAGAAAAAGGUUAUGAAGUCAGGUCAGAUACUAGUUUUGGACGAGUCAUUUGAACAGGAGAUUUGGAACCCUGGUUCUGAGGCAGCACUGUUCCUUUUGAUUGAUGUGUGGCAUCCUGACCUGAGUGACCUACAAAUGAGGCAGCUGGGACCAAUAUAAUAAUGUCUCUGGGGACCAUAAUUAUAGUGACAAUUUUAGUUUUGCAGUUGUUCUUUAAAAUGUACAUUUGUAUACAUGACUGUAUGUGUUUGAUAAUAAUGUAAACUCUGAUUAUGA